GGUCCGCUGUUUCUUGAACGUUUGCCGGGAAAGAACACAGGAUUUGGGAAAACCCUCUGCCGGCAGUUUAUAAAAAAGGACAAUGGAUCCCACUAGUUCUUCACUUUUCACUUUCACUUCAAGUGGAUCUUACUGUCUCUUGACUCCUCACCUCCCAAUCUUCUCACCUAUCGCUACUUAUAUUCACGAUGGCUUUCGCACCAAAAGCCUGCAGUCUUUUCCUGGUGGUUUUGCUGGGAGUUUGUAUACAGCUCUACAGAGCUCAAUACGUUCCAGGUGCCAGAUGCAAAUGCCCAGGAACCAUCAUGAACACUGCGGAAACCAUUGUUGACUUUGAAAUCAUUGAAAAGACACAUUACUGCGACACUACUGAAAUCAUUGUUACACUGGCGGAAGAUGGAGCCAGACGGUGCCUGAACCCUGUUGGAAGAAAGGCCAUGUUUUUUGUCAACUGCUGGAACAUAAUAAACAAGGACGACAAGCAAAAGAAGAGGUGUCUGAAGAGAAAAGCAGAGUGAACAUAAAGGAGGAGGGAAGAAGGGCCAUGGAAAACCCACCGGCUGGAUUUUCCCAGAAGUCAUGUGACCAAACUCACACAAGAAGAAUGUUGAAUUGGCUGACACUGCACUUUAGAGAGAGAGAGAGAGAGAGAGAGAGAGAGAGAGAGAGAGAGAGGGAGGAGAGA